UUUUAUAAACGCACGCGUAAUCCUGACAUCGCUUCUCAUUUUUUCUAGCAAAGUCUGAAUGCCUGAAGUAUAAGGCCGCUCUUCCCGCUGGUCAUUGUACUUUUAAAGCUUAAGCCAGACGGGUGUGAAUAACAAAAAAGGAGAAACAUGGCUUCCCAACAGGAUGAGUUGGCAACUGCCAUUCUCAAACAAAAAGCAAAGCCAAACAGAUUGAUGGUGGAAGAAGCUGUCAAUGAUGAUAAUUCUGUUGUUACUAUGUCUCAGGCAAAAAUGGAUGAACUGCAACUCUUUAGGGGUGAUACAGUCCUUCUAAAAGGCAAAAGAAGAAAAGAAACAGUUUGCAUUGCUCUAUCAGAUGAAUCAUGCUCCAGUGAAAAAAUUAGAAUAAACAGGGUUGUAAGGCAAAAUCUGCGAGUGAGACUUGGGGACAUUGUGAGUGUACAAGCCUGCCCAGAUGUGAAGUAUGGCAAGAGAAUUUAUGUUCUACCAAUUGAUGACACCGUAGAAGGAUUAACAGGGAGCUUGUUUGAUGUUUAUUUGAAACCAUAUUUCUUGGAAGCAUACAGACCUGUGUGUAAAGGGGAUAUAUUUUUGGUCAGAGGUGGCAUGAGGGCUGUAGAAUUUAAAGUUGUGGAAACAGACCCAGCACCAUAUUGUAUAGUGGCACCUGAUACUGUGAUACAUUGUGAAGGAGAACCUAUUAAAAGAGAGGAUGAAGAAGAAGCUUUAAAUGAAGUUGGUUAUGAUGAUGUUGGUGGGUGUAGAAAACAGCUUGCUCAGAUCAAGGAGAUGGUAGAGCUUCCAUUGAGGCAUCCACAGUUGUUCAAAGCUCUAGGAAUAAAGCCUCCAAGGGGAAUCCUGCUCUAUGGGCCUCCAGGAACUGGAAAGACUUUGAUAGCAAGGGCUGUUGCAAAUGAAACUGGUGCUUUCUUUUUUCUUAUAAAUGGUCCUGAAAUAAUGAGCAAGUUGGCUGGAGAAUCUGAAAGCAAUCUUCGAAAAGCAUUUGAAGAGGCUGAGAAAAAUUCACCUGCAAUUAUAUUUAUUGAUGAAAUUGAUGCCAUUGCACCAAAGAGAGAAAAGACACAUGGUGAAGUGGAGAGAAGAAUUGUUUCACAGCUUCUUACUCUCAUGGAUGGUUUGAAACAGAGAUCACAUGUUAUUGUCAUGGCUGCCACCAAUAGACCCAACAGUAUAGAUUCAGCACUAAGGAGAUUUGGUCGUUUUGAUCGUGAAGUUGACAUCGGAAUACCGGAUGCAACUGGUCGCUUGGAGAUUCUGCAAAUCCAUACAAAAAAUAUGAGGCUUGAUGAUGAAGUAGACUUAGAGCAAGUAGCUGCAGAAACCCAUGGUUAUGUUGGUUCAGACAUGGCAUCUUUGUGCUCAGAAGCGGCUCUUCAACAGAUUAGAGAGAAAAUGGAUCUCAUUGACUUAGAAGAUGACACCAUCGAUGCUGAAGUUUUGAACUCGCUAGCAGUUACAAUGGACAACUUUAGGUUUGCAAUGGGCUCAACCAACCCAUCUGCUCUCCGAGAGACAGUUGUAGAAGUUCCAACAGUAUCUUGGGAUGAUGUAGGAGGUCUUGAAAAUGUUAAAAGGGAGUUACAGGAGCUGGUGCAGUACCCAGUUGAGCAUCCAGAGAAAUUCCUUAAGUUUGGAAUGACACCUUCAAAAGGUGUCUUGUUCUACGGCCCACCAGGUUGUGGCAAAACUCUUUUAGCUAAAGCAAUUGCUAAUGAGUGUCAAGCCAAUUUCAUUUCAAUCAAAGGCCCAGAAUUACUCACUAUGUGGUUUGGAGAAUCAGAAGCUAAUGUUAGGGAUGUUUUUGACAAGGCACGUAUGGCUGCACCAUGUGUGUUGUUCUUUGAUGAACUGGAUUCAAUUGCAAAGUCAAGAGGUGGAAGUGCCGGAGAUGGAGGUGGUGCCUCUGACCGUGUAAUUAACCAGAUUCUCACUGAAAUGGAUGGCAUGGGACCAAAGAAGAAUGUCUUCAUCAUUGGAGCUACCAACAGGCCAGAUAUCAUUGACCCUGCCAUAUUGAGACCUGGACGUCUUGACCAGCUCAUUUACAUUCCACUGCCAGAUGAGCCUUCAAGGCUGUCUAUUCUGAAUGCAUCACUGAGAAAAUCUCCUAUUGCUAAGGAUGUAGACCUGGGAUAUCUGUCAAAGGUUACUCAUGGAUUUAGUGGAGCAGAUCUGACAGAAAUUUGCCAAAGGGCAUGCAAACUUGCAAUCAGAGAGAGCAUAGAGGCAGACAUUCGAAAGGAACGUGAAAGAGAAGGAAACCCAGAGGCCAACAUGGAUUUUGAGGAUGACGAAGAUGCAGUGCCAGAAAUUCGAAGAGAUCACUUUGAGGAAGCAAUGAGAUUUGCCAGAAGAUCAGUUAGUGACAAUGAUAUAAGAAGAUACGAGAUGUUUGCACAAACACUUCAACAAAGCAGGGGACUUGGCGGGGGCUUCAGAUUCCCUGGACAGCAGCAGGGUGGAUCUGGGGGCCAAUCGGGAUCAAGUGGCAACCAGGGAGGAAGUGCAGACGGAAAUGGCUUGUAUAAUGUCGAUGAAGAUGACUUAUAUGGCUAAGAAGCCAGGAAUUAACUUAAAAAAACUGUUGUUCUAGUCAUAAGAUAUUAGUCAUGUCAUUAAAGUUCUACAUGUUUGUCCUUUUCAGCUACUAUUUAUAGAUGUUUAAAAUUGUAUAAAUGGUAUUAUACCUGCCCAUUUGUUCAUUACGUCAAAUAACUUGUCAUACAUUAAAUAAUGAUGAAUUCAAAUAAAAAUUUCUGUCUAUCAACA